AUGAAGAGCCAUCUCGCAAUCAGUCUUGCGCUGCUAGCGCCCGCUUCACAGGCAUAUGUCUGGCCCAGCCAGUACGACCGCAUCGAAGACCUUUUGUAUCUGCAAUCCGGCUACAUCAGAGACGGCUCUCUCUCCGACCAAGUUGCGACAUGCGCCUUUGGCGCCGGCUCACCUGGCAUACAAAAGGCUGCCGAAUGGGUACGGACUGCCUUCCACGACACUGUAACGCACGAUGCUUCCACCAAGACGGGAGGUCUUGAUGCUUCGAUCCAGUUCGAGCUUGAUCGACCCGAAAACAAAGGCGCUGCCCUGAACAACACAUUAUCAGACAUCUCCUCCUCCGUCGAUAUUCGCACUUCAGCAGCAGACCUGAUAGCCUUAUCUCUGGUCAUGGCAGUGGCUCGUUGCGGUAAUAUGCGCGUGCCGCUAAAGCUGGGCCGGAAGGAUGCGACCGAGGCUGGCAUCAAGGGAGUCCCUGAGGCCCAUACGGAUCUCGACACCACGCGCAAGAGAUUUGCGACUGCUAGCCUCAGCGAGGUCGACAUGAUUACAUUGAUUGCUUGUGGUCACAGUAUCGGUGGCGUUCACUCGGUCGAUCAUCCUGAAAUUGUCUCUGGCCCAGUCAGCGCGGCGAACAAAGCCAGCUUUGAUACCACCUCGGCCGCUCUGGACAACAAGGUAGUUGUAGAGUACCUUGGCAAUACUACGGCAAACCCCCUGGUCCGCAACGCCAACGAUACACUGAACUCGGACAAGCGCAUCUUCGCCUCGGAUGACAACAAGACCAUGAGAAAGCUUGCCGAUACGUCUUACUUCAAGUCCCAGUGUGAAGACGUGCUUGGUCGCAUGCUGGAUCUCGUUCCUGGCGAUGUUACGCUCACGGAUCCCUUGCAGCCAGCAGACGUCAGGCCAUACAUCCUCACAUAUGGCCUCAAUGCCAAUGGGGGCGUCGACUUCUCCGGCCGUAUUCGUGUUCGCAUCACACCAAGCACAGGUCGCGAUCCCAACUCGCUCACUGCAGCCAUCAUCCCCAUUACUCGCAAUGGCACUGCAGGCCCGGAGAUUGAUGCUCCCAUCUUCACGGCCUACCUCCUAGGGCAAUCGGUGGGUUACUUAGAUGAGGCCUUCCAAUGGUUCGAAUUCAGUUACUCCAUGAACGCCAGCGAGACAUUCGACUCGUUCAAAAUCCGCCUUAAUGACAAAAUCUACGACAACGGUGGCACAGGCACCUAUCCUAUCAAUGGCGAUGUCUUGUAUCAGCAGAAGCAGUCGUGCAUGUCAUUCGAUUCAGCUACAAACCAAGGUAACCUUACCGUCACUGCGGCCGUCUCCAAAACGCUCCUCCAAAACAAGGCCGCGCCACAAAUCCGCCUAGUGAAGCGGACAAAGGUCCAAGGAUAUCAUAUCGAUCGCUUGGAACAGGUCGUCGUCCCUAUGCAGCCUGCAAAUAAGGAGACGGCGCAAUAUGCAUACUACACUGCCUCUGCACCUAUUAAUUUAGAAAGUCUGUCUACUACCUUUGAUAUUGAAGUCGGAGAUUCAAAGGUAGAGUACAUUACCGCACCCGAUAUUGGCACUUGUGCGCCACUAUAGUAGAUGUUAGUUUUAAUUCAAGAUUUCCACAUGGGUCACACCCAGAG